UAUGUGUUUGUGUGUAUGUAUUGCUGACCAUACGAUACGGCAAUUCAUUGGUUUUUAUAUUAUUAUUAUUAUUAUUAUUACUAUUAAUACAAAUAGUCUGUUAGUGUGUCUAUUGUUUGCAUUUCAAUCAAUUCAUUGAUUAGUAAAUUGAUUUGAAAACACGUUUUUGAAAUCAAUUGGUUUGUUUGUCAUCUGAUAUGACUAUUGAUUGAUUGAUUCAAUUGAUUGGUUGAUAAUGUUAUUGACAUUGAAUUGAAUUGAAUGUUCAAACCGUUGAACUAUAGUUGCUAUUUGUUAACAGUUUUUUUUGGGUGUUUUAAAGAUUAAAGUAACCGCUAAUUGAUUUGUUGGUUGUUGUUGUCGUUAAUUUACCGUCGGAUCAAUUGAUCAGUUAAACGACGACAAAAUGUCUGACAAGAAUCUGCUUUUAACGGACACGAAGACUAUCAUAAAUUCAUUGGUCGUUCCGCACCCGAACGGCAUUGGACUCAAACAUCUGUGCAAUGAAUACUAUGAUCUCGAGGGUUCGGAGAUUCCGUACCGCGAUUUAGGGUAUCAUUCGUUGACUUCAUUUCUCAAAUCUAUGCCCGAUAUGAUCCGUUUGUACGGCAAUCUGCAGGACAUACACAAUGUAACAAUAUUUCCGGUUGUGUCCGAAGCCAAUAAGCAUGUUAUCGAUCUGGUCAAAGGUCAGAACAAGACCGACAAAAAACGUGGUCGCGCUAAACGAAUAUUUUCAAUUGGUAUGUGGAAUCGGACGGCAAACAGUGUCCACAAUCCGUACAAAUAUUCGACGACCACCGCCUCUGUGCCACCGCGUUUUCGGGGACUGUCCAACUCGUUGGACGCAAAUAGAGGCAAUCGGGUUACAACCAAUUUGAGUACAAAUAUACCCCGAGUUAACGUAAAUAUGGUAAACACAAACUCGAGACCAACGCUAUCGUCAACCGCUUCUUCAAUGAAUCCAUUGACCAAAAAGUUUGAAAAUUUUUCGAUCACAAGAGGACCGCCACCGGGACUAACACGACAACAGAAAAGUGCGCCAAAUCUUAUGAAUAAUAUAAUUGGUAAUCAACAGAGAACAUCGCUAUUGCCGACACCACAACAGUCACGGCCGGCUUCAAGUAACGGCGUUAUUCCUCCCGAUAUUAAGGAAAAAAUCAAGAUAAUGAUGGCCACACCAGACUUAGUCGACGGCAUAAUGUUAUUUAAUUUUGCCGCACAAUAUAGAAACCAAUUCAAAGAACAGUUUGAUUCGCAAAAGUUUGGUUUCGAUACUUUGGCCGGUUGUCUACAAUCAGUACCCGAAUUAGUUAAAAUGAUUCCAGUGGGCACCUGUACCUAUAAAUUGUUACCCAAUUUGGAUUAUAUUAAUGAAAUGACAAUUCCAUCUCAAGAAACAAUACCAAAAGUUAUUGCAUCGACAACAACGACACCAACAGCAGCAGCAGAUAAUCAGUUAACUAAUGGACACACGAAAACUACAAUUAUCACUACAGUGUCCACAUCAACCUCAACAGUGUUGACGUCAAAGGCUUCUAAUUUGAAAUCCAUUACCCGAACCAUUAAUAAUACUAAUUAUGGCAAAUGUAAUGGUGUUAAUAAUAGGGCUCACAAGCCGACAGCCUUUGCAAGAUUUCAAGGCGAUGACGACGACAGCGAAAGUAUCAGCUCUUAUGGUUCACUUGAAGACAACAAUAGCCGAGCGAUUCGUUAUUUCCAUCAUUUACUCAUUAGUAAUCCAAACGGUAUCAAUAGUAUAGAUUUUCCCAAACUUUGGGAGAAAGAGUUUGAUCGGGUUUUUCGUCCGAAAAACUGGGGCUUUGACUGUGCGAUGGAAUUGUUUGUCAGUUUGCCUAAAGUGUUUGCCAUUGAAAAGACUGGAAACAAUGAUAUUAUUUUACACGACGCCCGAUACAAGAAGUUUGAGACCAAAACUAAGGCUAAUGGUUAUAUGGAUGAAAAGGAGGCAUUGCAACGGUUACAGGGUAUACCCGAUCUAAUUCAGGCCAAGAUUGUCAACUGUAUUAGCUCAGAAAUGCCGGCCGGUAUCAGAAUUGACGUUUUUAUCUCUGUAUUCGACGCCAAAUACGAACAGUUAGAUUUGAAAGCUUUGCGCUUCUCCGAUGUCGACGAGUUUUUUGCUGUUCUCGAAAAAGAUUUGCCAAUUAUUGUUAAACGAGUUGAUGGACUGAAAUUUAUUUAUACUAAACCAUUGGAACAGAUUAAAGAAUGGUUGGGCAGUUGCUGUCGAUUGAAUCGAUAUAUUAUACCAAUUACCUGUAAAACAGACGUUCCCCGCUAUGUAGUACUGCCCGGCGAAAAGUUUCAGCCUCCAGUACUGCCUCCGAAGUUUCAGGCGGGUCUUAAUGAAUAUGUGGCCUCAUAUAUCUCGUCAGCUGUCAGUCCUCACGAAAUGUAUAUUCAAUUCAAAGGCAAGAACUAUCAUCAGGCGCUCGAGAUUCUGAUGCACGAAAUGGACUUCUAUGAAGAUCCAGCUCAGGCUCCUACAAGAGAAUGGUCCGUUCCUUAUGAAUACCUGUGCGUUGGAUUGCCCUGUGUUGCAAAAUAUCCAGGUAUUGGUGAUCAGUCGUGGCAUAGGGUGAAAAUUAAUAAGAUUUUCUUGAAUCAGACCCGUACUGUUCAGAUAACUUUUGUCGAUUACGGCGGUUCAACGAUUACCGAUUACAGUGAUCUAAGAUUAAUGAAACGAGAGUUUCUCAAAUUGCCGAUUCAGGGCAUCAAAGUGGCCUUAUAUGGCAUUAAACCUGCUGGCGGUGCUCUAGGCUGGACCACCAAAUCGCGCGACAAAGUACUCCGUUUUUCGAAACCCACCUACGCUUUGGCCACUUCAGUGAUCGAGUACCGUAACGGUGUACCAAUGGUGGCCAUCUGUGAUACAAAUAGCGAUACCGAUGUUUUCAUUCAUAAUGUGCUGAUCGAUGACAAACACGCCGUCUAUGAAGAGGACGUGUUGGACACAAACAUCGAUUUGCUUAAGUAAUAGCCACCGAUUGCCUAUACUUUUAACACAAAUUGAAACUCAAUAUUUAAAAAGUAAUCGAAACUAUCAUAUCAUUCAUAUUUUUUUAUAUAUAUAUAUAUAUAU